UGGCACUGCUGAUGUGGGCGAGGGGAGAAGGCUUUGCUCUGUUCUCCCCGUGAGCAGGGAAGGGACCCUUUGGCCCCCCGGGGGACUUGCCCGCAGCUUCUGUGCCCAACGCGUCGGUGGGGGAGCGUGGAAGAUGUUAAGGUUUGCCUGUGAUUCCCUUUCUCCAGGGCACCUGGAUGACGACGGAUUACCGCACGGGUUCUGCACAGUCACCUACUCCUCCACAGACAGAUUUGAGGGGAACUUUGUUCACGGAGAAAAGAACGGACGCGGGAAGUUCUUCUUCUUUGACGGCAGCACCCUGGAGGGCUAUUACGUGGACGACGCCCUGCAGGGCCAGGGAGUUUACACCUAUGAGGAUGGGGGAGUUCUCCAGGGCACCUAUGUGGACGGAGAGCUCAAUGGUCCGGCCCAGGAAUACGACACGGACGGGAGGCUGAUCUUCAAGGGACAGUAUAAGGACAACAUUCGGCAUGGAGUGUGCUGGAUAUAUUACCCAGAUGGAGGCAGCCUGGUAGGAGAAGUCAAUGAAGAUGGGGAGAUGACUGGGGAGAAGAUAGCCUAUGUGUACCCUGAUGAGAGGACUGCGCUUUACGGGAAGUUCAUUGAUGGAGAGAUGAUAGAAGGAAAGCUGGCUGCCCUGAUGUCCACUGAGGAAGGCAGGCCUCACUUUGAGCUGAUGCCUGGAAGCUCGGUGUACCACUUCGAUAAGUCGACUUCAUCUUGCAUUUCCACCAACGCUCUUCUUCCAGAUCCGUAUGAAUCAGAGAGGGUUUAUGUUGCCGACUCUCUCAUUUCCAGUGCUGGAGAAGGGCUGUUCUCAAAGGUCGCAGUGGAACCUAACACUGUUAUGUCUUUUUAUAAUGGAGUCCGCAUUACACACCAAGAGGUGGACAGCAGGGACUGGGCCCUCAACGGGAACACCCUCUCCCUUGACGAAGAAACGGUCAUCGACGUGCCUGAGCCCUACAACCAUGUGUCCAAGUACUGUGCCUCCUUGGGACACAAGGCAAAUCACUCCUUCACUCCAAACUGCAUCUAUGACAUGUUUGUCCACCCCCGUUUUGGGCCCAUCAAAUGCAUCCGCACACUCCGAGCAGUGGAGGCCGACGAGGAGCUCACCGUGGCCUAUGGCUACGACCACAGCCCCCCGGGGAAGAGCGGGCCGGAAGCGCCUGAGUGGUACCAGGUGGAGCUGAAGGCCUUCCAGGCCACCCAGCAGAAGUGAAGGGCCUGGCUCUGGGCCGCGGAGGCCUGGAAUAGAAACUUGGAUCUAUGCACUACGUUUAUCCGACUACGGGACAACCAGGGGCUGCUCGUGCUGUGACAUCACAUCCUCUCACUCUGCGUUCGCAACGACUUUCUCGCAUACUAACUAGGUUUGACUGUAUUACUCAUACCAGACUUAAAAUUAGCUAGCCUUGCAGCAGCGUCCUACUGAGAGGCAUUGUCGAGCACUUGACAUAGACGGCAAGAUGUUCUUGGGUGGCUCCAGUCUAAAUCUGGACCACAUUCAGAGAUGCCAAAUGAUAGACUGAAAAAGGGAAAGGGGGUUUUUUCAGUCACUUUUAGUCAGUGGUUUUUCCAUGAUGUUUUUUCCUAUGGCCAAUGCAGAGUGUGUUGCUAUCACGCCUGCAGUUGGGCCGUAUGGGAGAGAAUUACUACAUUUUUAUGCUCUAAAUGUAGUAUAAUUUGCCUUUUAACCUUUGAUCUGUAUCUUGCAAUAGAAUGUCUUUUUUUUCCCCCUAACGAACAGAAUCCCACUUUUGAGUCAUUUCACCCCUCGGUCCUGUUCUCUAUCUUAGAUAACCUUUUAUAAGAGAAAACUCCCAAAUGGAUUUUGUGUCAGUGCCAGUGUGUAGGUCUCUCUGGCUCUUUCUAUAUCAUUCUUUCAUUAUUAUGUCCUAAUAUAAAGAACUUGGCUCA